UUUUCAGCAAACGUAAAUAUCAUUUAUACGGUUAUUUUGUUUUUACCAUUCUACUCCAUAGAAACCACAGCAAACGUAUUCUUCUUCAUUCUUUGUUAUUCUGCAACGCUUCAAGAAUUAAAUAUCAGAAAAUGGAAAUAGGAAAUAAGGUUUACCUAAAUAACAUUGACCAGAUAGAUGAAAAAUCGCAUAUCAAGGUUCGGGUGCUUAAAAUUUGGAACUUUGUCAGAAAUAAUAAAGUUUGUUCCAUUGAAAUGAUCAUCAUGGAUGAGGAGGGUACACAAUACCAAGCUCGUGUCUUCAAUCAGAAUUUCUCUAGAUUUCGUCAUCUUUUAAAGGAAGAUGAAAGUUAUAUAGUUAUAAAACCCAAUAUGGCUGCUGUUACUAAUGGUUUUAGUUAUACAGAUGUUAUUGGACAUAUCGUGUCAUUUAGGCCUCUUGAAACUUCAAAUCCAGUACCAUCCAAGCAUUAUAUAAAAGUCACUCUUAGCAACCUAGAUUCUGUACAUCUGAAGGUUACUAUUUUUGGAAGUCAAGCAUAUCAAAUUUCAGAAUACCUAAAAAAUAACCCGACUGUUAAUUUUGUUGUUAUCGUGAUGCAGUUUUUGAAGCUAAACAUUUGGAAUGGUCUUGGUGAAGCUAAAAGUCAUUUUAAAGUAACGAAAUUGUUCAUAAAUUCUGACAUUUAUGAAAUAAAUGAGUUUAAAAAUAAGUUGAAAUGUCAUGACAAUUUCGGUAUAACUGAAAAAAGCAUAACUACACUUCAAAGCUACUCUUCUUCAUAUACAGAUGACUUUAAGGGCAAUUUUCCAUUAAAAACAAUCUGUGAGAUCACCGAACCAAUUAAGGAAAUGAAGUUUUUAUUAGUUGCUUCCAUUGUUAAUAUAAGGCAGAAUCUACCAUGGUAUUAUGAAGCAUGCAAAAAAUGUGGAAAAAAAAUUAUCCCUGUUCCCAAAACCAAUCAUUCGUAUACCAACCCUGAGGGAAUUUCAGAAACUAUGGUUGUCGAGUGUACAAAUGCACAAUGCAAAAAAUCUGAAUUUCAGGAAGCAAGGAGGUUGUUAAAUAUAAGUGCCUACGAGUUGAAAAAGAUACAUGAUGCGGCCGGAGACAGUGAUGCCCUAUUUCCAAUGCAACUUAACGUGUUGAAAAACUGCAAGUUUGGUUUUGUUGUAGAUAUUACAGAAUACAAUGUCAACAACUAUAAUAACAUCUACACAAUUCUCAGAGUUACAGAAGAUAUGUCCAUUGUUUGUGAAUUGGAAAGUAAAAUAGAACCUAUGAGUAUUCAAUCUGUCUCCUUAAAUCAAGUUGCUUUGGAAUCCGAUGAUGUUGUACAGCCUGUUCAAAAGGAUGUGAUCUCACAAACAGACGAAAGUUUUACACCCUCAACAGUUGAUAAGUCAACCGCAACAAGUCCUUGCAAAAUAUCAGGUGAUUUGAAGCGCAACCUCCAAGAAAUUUAUGAUGUUGAUUCUGGAUAUGAUUUAAGUUCAACUAAGGCUAAAAGAAAGUCAACCGCAGAGGAAACUCCACUCUUGAUUCCAAAAAUUGAAAAGUGA